UUUUUUUUUUUUUUUUUUGACAGCUUGUGUUCAUAGAACCCUUUAUUUUAUUUUAGGCUGGUUGGUUAAUUCUAUUUAUUGGUGGUUGUGUUGCAGGAUUUCAUGGUGUAGUUUGGUGGAUAAUUAUUUUUGAACUUGCGUUUGUAGUUAUGGUGAUGGUAUUUCUCGGUACUGGCCUUUUCGAGCAUUGGCAUAACACGGUUUAUCUCUUUAUGGCAUUAAGUCUUGCUUAUUUGACUUGGCUUUGUCAAUGGACAUUAAAUCAUAAUGAUAAUCAAGGUGCAAGAGCUGCUGCUGCUGGUGCUGUGAUUUUAACUAUUGUUGAAUUUAUUUGGGCAUUUGAAUUAUCUGCACCUGGUGGUACAUGGUUAAGCAGUGGUGAUAUUCGUCAAGGAAGUGGUGGAUUUGGAGGUAAUCAUGAUUAUGGUAACCAUCAUGGUUCUCGAUUUGGUGGCUACCAUAAUUCGAUUCGACCUUCUAUGUCACAAAGAACAGAUAGAGACGAUACAACAACGAAUCACUACAAUAAGAGAAGAGAUGCUCCUCUACCUUACCAAAGGGAUGAAGAAAGUGAUCUAGCUUCUUCUCAUGCUGAUGGCGGUGCUAAUAAAAAUCAAAAUGUAGAAAAAGCUACAGCAUUGCAUGACUAUCAAGCAAAUACAGACGAUCCAAAUGAAAUUUCAUUCAAGAAAGAUGAAGUACUUGAUAUUUUGGAUAAACGUGGUAAUUGGUGGCAUGCUCGUAAGCAAGAUGGAACAAUAGGAAUUGUUCCCAGUAAUUAUUUUUAAUAUGCUCAUACACACAAAUUUAAAUAAAACAUAUAUUUAUAAUACAUAUACAUAUUGUAAAUGUUUCUUCUUUGUCUUUUUGGUUAUUCACAAGGGCUUGUAAAAAAA